UAUCGGCCAGUCGUCACGCAAGUUCCCUGAUGACGUCAUGCCCGGAAGUGCGCCCGCGCUAAUGGCUGUAGAUUGGUCACGUGAUAAUGCUUUUGUGAGUUUUGUGAGAAGCAGAAUCUUAUUUUGUAUAUACAUUGCUUUGUAUAUAAUACAGUACCUGUAUAGGACAGACAAAAAUGGGAGCCACACGUGCAAAUACAAGAGGGGGUGGGAAAGAAAAAAACACAUCUCAGAAAAGUACUACACAGACUACCACAAAGUCGGCGACAGUCUCUGAGACGCCUUCAAGUAAAAAGAUGCAGGCCACACCAGAUCAGCUACGUAUGGCUCAAAUGUUAUCAGCUGACACAGGAAGUGAUAAAAGUGUGGAGAUACAGGCCCAAGUUCAACAGGUGAUUGACGUCACUGGUAAAAGUGAAGAAGCUAUCUUAACAGCACUUCAUGAUUGUAAUUACAACACAGAACAGGCCAUCUUCGCCCUUCUAGACACUGCAGAUGAUCCAAAUGAAUGGCAGACAAUUAGUAGUAAGAAAAGUAAAUCACAGCAGAAUAUGCAGUCGUCAAACAAACAGAUUGACUCUACCACAGACCUUAAAGACAGCAGAUCCGACAAGAGGGAGCGAGGCGACAGGGGAGAUGAUUUCAAAGAGGGAAAGUCACAGCGAGACGGAAGGUCAAACAGGGGUCGGGGUCGAGUGCCUCCAAGAAUGGCAAGAGGGCGUGGCCGAGAAAAUGGAGCCAGUCGAGAAAGAGACAAUGACGACCAAAGUUUUGGCGGUGAUCGGGGUUUUAGCAAUGAUCGUGACCGUGGUUUUAGUAACGACCGGAGGUUUAAUGACAGGAAUGAAUCAGGCAGGGGACGUGGAAGGAGGUUUGAUCAUAUGAAUGGAGGUGGCUCAAGGCGAGGUGGUAGAGGAGGCUCGAGAUCUUUCACAAAUUCCAAGUUUGGAACGUUUGAGGGAGAUGCAUUUACAGGGGCAAAACCUGGUGACAAUGUUUGGACGAAUCCUCCAAAGACUUCAGAUAAUAGGAAUAGUAGGUGCAAUGCAAGUAAUUUCACAGCAUCAACUUGGGACAGUGUACCUAAAUCAAAGCCAUCAGCAACUCCACCAUGUAGUGAUGAUUGGGGAAUUGAUGAUUGGACUGGAGAUCUAAGCAAAUCACAGGUGUUUACACCAAGUACAACAGCACCUACAACAUUCAAGGAGGACACAUCGCCACCUGUAUACACUCCUAGCAUGGAUUCUGCCGUGGUAUCUAGUACAAUCUCAGCACCUGGUAGUCAACCAUCAAUGCCCCAAAGCAUUGAUAUUGCAACGUUACUAGGCAAGCCACCAGGAUCAAUGUCCUCACCAUCACCUGUAGUGGGCGAGUCCAUCCAACCACCACCUAGGCCUCAACCUGAUGUCUUUACACAGUUUGCAGAAAUGAAACCUCCAUCACAUACAAAUAAAACUAUUGACCAGGUUGUUGUUCCUGUUCAACAAGUACCUGUUCAGCAACAACGGCCUGCACCUGUUGCAAAUCAAGUAAAGCCGGCACGAAAGAAACUACCUCCUCCAUCCAAGAUUCCAGCAUCAGCAGUAGAGAUGCCUGGAUCGACUCGUGGCCUUGGAUCUCUGGAUGUACAGUUUGGUGUGAUGGACAUGGACCCUUCAUCAGGCUUCAGCAUUGGAAUUAACAUACCAUCUUCAUCUGCAGUGCCAUCAACUGCUCAACCCACAUCCUCCUUGCCAGUCAGUGGUUCGAUGCCACCGGGUAUAACCCAAAAACCAGGGGUAUUUAGUGUUGAAGACAGUUCUGUUUCUAGUAGCUAUGCGUACCCAUCUCAGAGGACAGAUACAUUCUCUGCAUCAAGUCUGCCCUCAAGUAAUACCGGGAAAGUGCACUUGCCCUUUGGUGGCUUCGAACAAGCGAGCAUGACAGAGAAGACCUCGCAGAACAAGAUAUCAACACCAGUUGCUAUUCCUCUGCCAAAUCAGAAUGAUCUGAAAGCGAAUACCUACAUGAGUGCACAAAGCCAAGGAUCCAUGGACACAUACUCCACAAGUCAACAAUCACAGAUGUCCAGAAGUACAACAUCUACACUUUCAUCAAGUGUACUAUCCUCAACUAGUGUUCUCCAUCAAUCAGCACCUGGAUAUCCGCAACCACAUGGUUCAAGAACGAGUCAAAGUUCAUAUGGCAAUACUGACCAAUCAUCUGGACCAACUGGUGGGCUACCAAACUCAAGGCCCUCGGGCAAAACUGAUUCAUACACAGGAUCUGUGUCAACAAUUACAGGACUCGGCAGUAAUGUAAUGCCAUCUAGUGCCCACGGAAAAGGAAUUAAUCCCGGAAGCCAUAACCAAGGAUUAUCCAAUACUGUUCCGUCGGGAAUGAAUGUCUCUGUUCCAAGUAGUCUGACAGGUUCCGGCUCCAAUGCUUUUGGUUCCUCGUCUCUGAGUUCUUCAAGUGCAAAUAGUAAAAGUGCCGCCAGUGUUGGCGGUGGCAAUGCCCUGAGUGGACUGACGAACUCUUCGCAAUCUACCAGCCAUUCUGGGCUUGGAUCCAGUUCAUUGAAUACAGGAUUAAGUGGGAGUAGCCAAAUGACCACGAGUAGUGUAUCAACGCAUACCAGUGUACAGACUUCACCGAUGUCAUCAAGUAAAAUUGGAUUAGAUUCCAGGUUGGACAACAGUAGUCAUCCAUCCAGAGGGACAUCUGGUCUGGUAUCACAAACAUCGUUAGCAUCAGCAUCAUCUUUAGGAGUUUCUCCAGUUACUGCCAGUACAACGUCCUCAUCGCUUGGUUACAUAAGCACAUCUGCUUCCUCAUUGUUGUCGUCAACGAGAACAACACAAGCAUCAACAAGUUAGUAAAUCACAAGAUUC